AUGGCCCAUUUUUUAAAACGCGUUUGUUCACAAGUAUAUCGAUGUUCUCAGUUAAAUAUUUCAAAUGUUCUUUAUAAGAAUACUCCAUUUUUAUCAUUGGUAUCUUCGACGCAACAUUAUUCCAAUACAACAACACCUUUUGAAAUAGUCAACAGUGCUGUAGAAGAAAAUAAUAAUAAAAAAAUUAUCGACAAAGUGAAUAGUCUUGUAACCAAUAAGGCUCACGGAAGACUCUUUGCAGUCGUUCACGUUGCAGGUAAACAAUUCAAAGUCACCGACGGCGAUGUUAUUGUUAUUGAAGGAUAUUGGCCGCCCGAUGUAGGAGACAAAAUUACUUUAGAUAAAGUACUUCUAGCUGGGUCAGCCGAUUUUACUUUAAUCGGUACUCCGAUAAUAGAACAAGGUCUAGUUCGAGUGGAAGCCACAGUUAUAGAAAAAACUUUAUCACACACAAAAACACAUUUUAGGAAGAAAAGGAGGAAGCAAUAUAUGCGAAUACAUUUCUAUAGAAUUCCACAGACAUAUUUGAGAAUAAAAGAAAUUAGUAUUCAAGACGAAAUUAAUAAUCCAAAAGAUGUGAGAGGAUUAGAAACUGCAAUAUUUUAAUUAUUAUAAUUUCUUCAAUUAAAGUUUGUUAUUUAUA